GAUGCAUGUGUGAGGAAGUCGACAUACAGUCACAAGAUUACUGUUUGUGCUUGCCUCGGGUGGAGUACUGGUACUUCAGACCUGAAUGAUAUUUCCCUAAACAAAAGGAGCUUUCUAGUGUGUCUGUGGCUGCACAGUAGAUUAUACAGGAAAUGACCUAGAGGCCUUACAGAUACAUUUGUGCUUUUGUCGCUCUAAUCUGCAUCCGCAGAGAACAGCGAGAUCUGGAAGCACAUUUGUUUCCGCGGUGAGUAAUAUCUACCUCAGCCAGCAGACGGGAGAAACCAGGAAGCUGCUGGAGACUUCAUACAGGCAGACAGAGCUAUCAGCUGGUGCUUGCUCACUGCCUGCCGAGUCCUGCUAUAUGAAGAGGAUUUGUGACGGACUGGAUCUGUCUGCCCUUCGCCUCCUACUGCUCCUCUGCCAGCCACUGCAGUAGACAGAACGAAGCCACAUUCUCUGAUUCCAGCAGUUACGUGCUUGUUUUUUUUUUAAUUGUCAUUUUCCCUCUGUGCUGUUGAGCAGUGUGUCAUUUUCCUUAGAUCCAGUUUUGCUUUUAGCUUUUAAAAGGAUUUUCCACUUUUACUAGUGCAGGCCGAUGUAGGUUUAUAUAUGUACAUACAUAUAUGUAUAUAUACUCUGUAAACUGUAUAAAAAAAUGAUUUUUUUCCAUAUUCUGAAGGAAAGUUAAUGCACUUUAAAACUUGGCUGUAGUACUUUUCUUCCUCUAUUAUGAUCUUUUUGUUUGAAGCUGGAAACAGAGAAUCUGGGGGUGUGUCUUUGUUGUUUUUGAAGCUGGCUAUGACGAAUCUGCAGCAGGGCUGCAUGUAAGCAUUUUACUCAGCCUGCCAGUUUUUGAUCACCCCUCUCGGCCUCACCCUCUUCUGUGUUGCCCCUCUAAAAGACACACUGCGAUGAAUCUUUGGCAGGUGGAAUCCUUGAGCUGUCUUUCUAUUUAACUUGAACAGUUUCAGGAUUGUUGGAAUUGGUGUUUUUGUAAAAAGGAUAAGAGUACUCUGCGGAACGAACGACAAACGGGAGCUUCCGGUGCUGCUGCACCACCUAUGUAUUGUUGUAGUGCGCAGGAAAGUAAAAUGGACUACAAGCGUCGCUUUUUGCUCGGCGGGUCCAAGCAGAAAGUGCAACAGCACCAGCAGUACCAGAUGCCUGAGCUGAGCCGGACCCUGAGCGCCUCUCUGGCCUCCUCUUGCUCUGCCUCUUCGCCCAUGGGCACUGGGGUGGGCAUGCCUGGCAGCUGCCACCCACCACCUUCUGGCGCUACGACCGCUGUUGCCGACAUCCAGCAAGGCAUCUCCAAAUAUUUGGAUGCCCUCAACGUAUUCUGCCGGGCCAGCGCCUUCCUCACAGACCUGUUCAGCAGUGUGUUCAGGAACUCUCACUAUUCCAAAGCAGCUAUGCAACUGAAGGACGUGCAGGAACACGUCAUGGAGGCGGCCAGCAGGCUGACUGCAGCAAUAAAGCCUGAAAUCGCCAAGAUGCUGAUGGAGCUGAGCGCUGGGGCUGCCAACUUUAAAGACCAGAACGACUUCAGCCUGCAGGACGUUGAGGUGCUGGGUCGGUGCUUCCUCACAGUGAUGCAGGUCCAUUUCCAGUUUCUAUCACAGGCUUUACAGAAGGUCCAGCCCGUAGCUCAGUCCUGCCUGGCCGAGGCUCUCGCCCAGGCCCAGGAACGCUGUGCCAACGCCCGCUCCCAAAGCUCCGACCUCGGGCCCCUCACAGAGCUAGAGGAAGCUUCCCGCUCAUGGAAAGGUGCAGCUGAGGCCACAGCGAGGCUGAGGGAGAGGGGCAGGGACGGCUGCCUGGCAGGCAUCCAGGUUCAGCAGCUCUUUUGCUCCAACAACACCACCAUCCCUGAGCACCAGCUGAAGGAGCUCAACAUGAAGAUUGACAGUGCUUUACAGGCCUAUAAAGCAGCAUUAGAGAGCCUGGGCCAUAGUGAGUACGCACUGAAGGCAGGCUUUCAUCUCAACCCCAAAGCCGUGGAGACAGCCUUACAGGGCUGUUGCAGUGAAGCGGAGGCUCAGCAGGCAGGCAGGAUGCAGACCACUUCCCAGCCCAUUCAGUGUGAGCUGCCAACCAUACCUGUGCAGAUCGGCUCACAUUUUCUCAAAGGAGUGUCCUUCAACGAGUCAGCGGCUGACAACCUCAAACUGAAAACGCACACGAUGCUGCAGCUCAUUAAGGAGGCACUGGGCCAGAACGGAGUGACCCCCAGGGAUGACUCUCCUGUCACUGAGGUCCUCAACCAAGUUUGCCCAUCUAGUUGGAGGGGGGCCUGCAAGACAGCUGUCCAGCUGCUAUUUGCCCAGGCUGGCCUGGUGGUUGUUGAUACAGCUCAGAUUGAGAACAAGGAGGCCUAUGCUCCACAGAUCACUCUGGAAGGAUCCAAGGUAGUGGUCCAGGUCCCCUCUACAUGGUGUCUCAAGGAGGACCCAGCCACUAUGUCCUUGCUCCAGAGGAGCUUAGACCCAGAGAAGACGCUUGGUUUAGUGGAUGUACUUUACACAGCAGUGUUUGACAUCAACAGGUGGAAGGAAAGAAAAGAGCAAGCCUUGCCCACUAUUCAGAUCCAGCUGCAGAGAGAGAUCCCAGACUAUGGCAGCCCGACUGAUUUGGCUCCAGGUACCAGCUCCAAGACUUCCAGUGGAUUGCCCAAAACAAUAUCCAAGUUGACUUCCAAGUUCACCAAGAAGGUCUCAUCCAGCUCAAACAGUGGGGGUAGUUACUCCAUCCCUAGUACCCCGUCUCGCAGCAUGCUGUCAGCCAAUAGCUCUGAGGAAAAGGCCAAGGGCCUGGGCCACAGCGACGGGAGGCUACAGAGCAUCCUGCAGAUGGGCAGCCUGUCUUGUGCCCCUGACUCUACCCAGCAAAACCAGCUGGCCAAUGGCUUGAUGGCUGAAGACCAGGGGAUGAAUCUGCCCACUGACCAAGAGAUGCAGGAUGUCAUUGACUUUCUCUCAGGAUUCAACAUGGGCAAAUCCCAGCAGGCAUCACCCCUAGUCAAGAGGAGGAAUUCUGUGGCAUCUGCGAACCCUGCUGAGCUGAAACCACCAAGUGGUCCUCCACCAGCCUCCCAGUCUAUCUCUCAUAGUGCCCUACAGCCCCCAGCUCAGACCCUGCCUCAGCCCCAGCCUCAACCUGCACCUUCAGUGCAGAAGCAGCAGCAGCCGCCUCAGCCUCAACCGCAGCCACCUCCCCCGCAGCAACAGCAGCCCCAGCAGCAACAGCAGCAGCCCCCUCCUCCACCUCAGCAGCCCUCCCCACAGGCCCUGCAGUACUACCAGCACCUCCUGCAGCCCAUCACUCAGCAGCAGGCGCCUCCUCCUCAGCUUCCUCCCCAGCAGACCCCAUCCCAGGUCCUGCCACAGCAGAGAGUGGCGAGCAAGUGGCUUGGCACCUCUGGGCAACAGCCUCCACCGCAAGGCCCCCCAGCAGGGUUGUCACCCCUGGGUCCCAUCGGGCAGUGGGGCUCACCUGGACUGCCGGAUCUGAGCUCAGAUCUGUACAGUCUGGGUCUGGUCAGCACCUACAUGGACAGUGUCAUGUCAGAGAUGCUGGGUCAGAAACCACAGGGGCCCCGCAACAAUACUUGGCCCAACAGGGACCAGAGCGAGGGGGUGUUUGGAGUCCUGGGGGACACACUGCCUUUCGACCCAGCAGUUGGCUCGGACCCAGAAUUUGCACGUUACGUUGCUGGCGUCAGUCAGGCCAUGCAGCAGAAACGGCAGGUGCAGCACAUCCGUCGCCCCAGCAACACACGCAGCAACUGGCCAAUGCCUGAUGAGCAGCACAGGACCUGGUCCCACCCAGAGUACUACAGUGAAGGUGAGACUGUAAACAGCAGCUGGUCGGCCAAUCAGGGGGACUCAGCCAGCUCCAGCGAUGAGACGUCUUCAGCCAACGGUGACAGCUUGUUCUCCAUGUUUUCAGGACCGGACCUUGUAGCGGCAGUAAAACAAAGGAGAAAACACAGCUGUGGGGAGCCAGAGGUGUGCACCCUGCCUUCACCACCUCUCCAUCACAUUGGGGAUGAUAACCAGGACAGCAAAACUAAAACCUGGCCUCCUAAAGCGCCAUGGCAGCACUCCACCCACACCAACACCAUGCCCAAUCCCAGCUCUUCCUUGUACCAGAUGAACAUCCCUCCUUCCUCGCAGUGGAGCGACUCCAUGCAGAUGCUGCAGUCUCCUGUGUGGUCCACCGCCAGCGACUGCUCCCCCUCCACCGGCAUCUCUUCUGGUUUUCCCUUCACCCAGCAGCAGCAGCAGCAGCAGCAGCAGCAACAACAGCAGCAGCAACACAAACCCAUGACCAAGGGCUUUAAAUCCUUCCCCCUCAAACACGAGCACAGGCCCUCCUACCUUCACCAGUACUGACCACGGCGUAGUGUCGAACUAGUCCACGGUGAAGUGCCACGGAGGACCUGCAGCUCUGUUAUAUGAGCCGCUGAGUGGGCCGAGCUGCAGCCAUUACAGUCCACACCCACUGAAUUGGAAGAUUUCAAAGCCUCAGAGGCAACGUUAAGUACACACACUGGCUCGACAUUUUUGUAUCUAUAUUUUUCCAUGUCAGACAUCCCCAUUUGAAAAAAGAGAUGUAUUUUGAAGUUUUUUGAACUGCCAUGUUUUAACUAUGAACGGUGCAUGUGUCAUGCCGGCAGCAGUUAAGUCUAGUGGUCGUUUCUCUGUCUGUUGAGCUGACGUUUCCUCAGACAAGAGCUGGAGACGCGCACGGCCGUCACCCACUUGCUUCUGCAGCUGAACGUGUGUGUGUGUGUGUGUGUGUGUGUGUGUGUGUGUGUGUGUGUGUGUGUGUGUGUGUGUGUGUGUGUGUGUGUGUGUGUGUGUGUGUGUGUGUGUGUGUGUGUGUAAGUGUGUGUGUGUGUGUGUGUAAGUGUGUGUGUGUGUGUCUGUAAAGGAGGGGAUUACAAGGGGGCAGGGGCUUGAAAUGCUCUCAUUUUGCCCAUAAUAAAUAUACUGUGUCUACAUAGCUGUAACUGCCAAAUCUCAUGCAAGAUGACUCAGAAUACAGCUACCAUCUACUGUUUCAUAGCUUGUAAAAUACUGAAGUUGAAAUAUAAAUAUUAAUUCUUUUUAUUAAGAGGCUUUGAGCAGGCUCAGCAUAAAUAUAGUAAGUCACUGCAGAGGUGUAAUUUGAGAGAAAUACACUACUUUUUCAACAACUGACCAGAGUUAAGAAUUAUAGCAGUAACUAUGUGCCAUGUUGGUAUUGAUAGCACUUGCAGAAUAUUAUUUCCAACCAAAGCGUUGUUCAGAAGAUGAAUGGUGCUGACAAGAGGCAGUCUGAGAUUACUGAUAAGCGUGAAGUUGAACGCCCUAUUGGAUGCGAGCAUUAGGGAACAUCUUCAUUUCCUCCUCUCUAAUUGGCGGUUGUUUGCUCCAGAUUGACACUAACUCCCACAAACCUAACGUUUCUUCUGUUUAAUAAUACAAUAUUUUUCGUGUACCAUUAUUGACAGUAUUAAUCUUAUUUUUGUAUUUUCUUACAUGUUAUGCCAUUACUGUAUGUUAGUAUUCUUGUAGACAUAUUACAUAAAAACAUUAUUUUCCACCUCCCAAUAUGUGAGAAAAAGCACAUUUUUUUCCUACAGAGUUGAACUACACCAUCUAUCUAUAAAGGUUACCAAAUAUGCCAUGCUAAACACUAAACAUUGUACGAUGAGGGUGUUUUUUUUCGAGCCCUUGUUUCUUCAGUUUCUAUGGCAAUGGGCUGUAUUUAAAAGCCCAGAAUGUUAUCUUUUUGUGAUGUUUGCGGAUGCCAAUGUUGCCUGUAUUUAUGAAAUGACACCAUGUUUUCAGAAAACUAACAUACUUAACAUGUUUACAGAGAAUUGUUUGCUGUAUAUACAUAUAAAUAUAUAUCUUUUUAUAGUUAAUGUGCUUUGCACAAUCAAAAUAUAGGGUUUGUUGCUUUUUGUCUGUGUUAUCUCCCUAACUGUUGCAGCCUUUUUUAAGACAUCAUUACAGACCUUGGACUGUAACUGUUAGCUUCUCAGCUGUGUCAAAUGGUUUACUAGUGGCUUCUACAAAAGAUAAAAAAGUAAUAAUAAAAACAUGUUGCCCUGAUAGAAGAUAUGAAGGGGGACUGCUUGGCUUAUGUUGCUUAUUGUUCUCUUGACCUGGCAACUGAAUCUUUCCAAGUGUACCAGCAAUGCAAAAAAUGAAUAAAAAUGACUAGCAAUUCGAAA